GGAGAGUGUGGACAAGAUUGCGUCUUCACUAGUUCAAGGUUUUGUGCUCUCCACCAUUUCACGAAGAGCCACUUGAGAGCAAUAUACCUGUGGAUUUCAUCAUGGUUAAGAUUAAACCAUCAGUGAACUUUCUGAUUUUGAUUUGUUUUAUUUUGAACGAAUCCCACUCUGUCCCAGACGAGUGCCAGCAGGAGACAGAGAGGCUCCGCAUUCAGCUGAAGCACUUAGAGACUCGUUUUCAGAAGCAGCAACAGCAGAUCCAGCGCUUACGCAUCCUGAACGAUAAAACAUCUGCAGAUGCGGAUGAGGUUAUUGAGCUGCCUGGGCAAACCGAAAACACUGACUGUGCACAGAUAUUUAACAAUGGCAGUAAAGCAAGUGGAUUUUACAUGAUCAAACCCAUGAGGAGCCCAUCCCAGAUAAAGGUGUACUGUGACAUGUCAGAAGGCGGUGGCUGGACAGUCCUCCAAAGACGCACAGAUGGCAAAGAGUCUUUUGAGAGGGGAUGGGAUGACUACAAGCAGGGCUUCGGAGACAUGGAGUCAGCAAAUGGGGAGUUCUGGUUAGGGAAUGACAAUCUGUAUUAUCUGACUUCACAAGCUGAUUAUGACCUAAGGAUCAACCUGGAGGAUUUUGAUGGGGCCUACCGCUAUGCAGUCUAUGAGAAAUUUAAAGUUUCAAGCGAGCAGGAAAAAUAUCAGUUGAACUUUGGGGAGUACAAAGGAAAUGCUGGGAACUCUCUAGCAGGAAGCUCCCAUCCUGAGGUCCAGUGGUGGGCCAGCCAUCAGGGCAUGAAGUUCAGCACCUUUGACAAUGACAACGAUCGUUAUGAUCGCAACUGCGCCAAAGAGGACAAAUCUGGUUGGUGGUUUAACAGAUGUCACUCUGCCAACCUGAAUGGAGUGUACUAUCAAGGUCCAUACAGUUCUGUGACUGAUAAUGGGAUAGUCUGGUACACAUGGCAUGGAUGGUGGUAUUCCUUGAAGUCUGUGGUCAUGAAGAUCAGACCAUCAUACUUUGAGCCGAAUGAAGUGUAGUGACAGUUUACACAAUAUCAUCAAGGGAGAUCCCAGAAUGUAUCCUGUAAUAGAAACAGCAUCUAUCAUAACUGAUUAGCCAUAUAGUUAAUGUAAAUAACAUAACCAAUCCCAAUCCCUACUAUGUACUUAAUAAAGUUAUCAAGAUUUAAUGUAUCUUGGUUUUGCUAUCCAGUAGGUAAAUAAAGGUGUUUUAUCAACAAUAUAUCAGACAAUGAUAGAAUCUGUUUAACAUCACAUCUUGGUAGCCUACUCCUAACAAACAGAUGGAAGUGAAAGCUGGCUAGGAUAAUCAAGCAGGUGGGCAAGAUCAUCAGCAUCCCACAAAAACAGCAGACAUUUCUGUACAUUGAGGCAGUGGAAAGGAAAUCAAAUUCCAUCCUCCAGGAUCCCUCCUACCCCCUCCACCAAUGUGUUUUGAACUUCUACCAUCAGGCAGAAGAUACAGUGCCUCUCAUUGCCUUCAAUCAAAGAAAAAAUUCUAACAUGGCAACAUGUUGGACAAUAAAGCUUUUUGAAUCUUGAA